AUGAAGACCACAUUUUUCUUUCUAACUCUCGCCGUUCUUGUUUCAUCAUUUGUAUCGAGUAUCAUGACAACAUCUAUUCCAGGAGGAAAACUUCCUAUACCCAUUUCUCCAGUAAGCUCACUAAUUGAUUCAGCCGACGAACAUAUUGGACACUCUCCCGAAGACAUGAAACUUUUUUUCUGCCAGCGAUGUGCAUAUCAAUGUAUUGAGAAAAAGAAAAACUUAUUUAGUUGUGAACAUCCUAUUUGUCGAUGUACUUUCGAAGACAUUCUGUAA